GUUUUUGCUCUAGCUAAUUUGUAUAUGUACUCAGGUAUUAAUGGAAAGAGAAUUGAAAUAUAUCUGCAUCCUGGCAUCAAGCAAGCCAUUAGCUUCUUAAGAGAGAAUACAAUUUAAACAAAAUAUUAGAAGUCCAUUGUGAUUUGUUCUAUUUGGCGGUUGCAAAGCCAUUAUCGGUUAACUUUUAAUAAUUAAUUUUUUGGUAAAAUUAUCUCUUGGUUUCUUGAGAGAAUAUCUCUUUUGUUAAAAUUCUAGUUAUGUUUGCAUUCUUGCGAAUCAAGUAAUUGAUAUCUGUGAGUAUUUUACUAUUUGCAAAGCAAACCACGUUUUAAUAAUAAGUUCCUAGUUCCUAAUUCAAAAAGAAAAAGGAUGUUUCUCGGGUUUAAAUUAGAUACCAAAAAAAACACAUAAUCAGUGUUUUCUAUCACAAACAAUAUUGCGUGAUACUAAAAAAAAUAUGGUUUUUUCUUUUGACCUAGCAGUCAUCUUACAAGGAGACACAAAAAGAACGAAGAGGAGAUCGAAGGUAAUAAGAAGAAGAAGACGUAGAGACAUAUGUAAGAGCCAUGAACCGUUACUGGAGAUUCCUUUAGAUCUCGUGAUAGAGAUUUUCACGAGACUCCCUCCCAAAUCUCUAAUGAGGUUCAAAGCAGUCUCAAAGCUCUGGUCAUCCAUUGUUUGUUCCCAAUAUUUCACCAACCUUUCAUCAUCGCCACGUAUAUACAUGUGGUUGGGCUUCGACGAAGAAAAGAUAUUAGUAUCAUCGUCUUCUUCUCCUGACUUGGACAGUUCCUUUGUAAUUGACCAAGAUUUGACAAUCUCAGCGAUGAAAGGCUACUCGGUAUCUCACGUUUAUCGCGGGUUGAUGUGCUUUACAAAUGGCACAAAUGCACAAAUUUUUAACACAACCACUAGGCAACUUGUUGUCUUGCCUGAGAUAGAAGAAUCCAACAUUAUAGCUGAAGAGUACAAGUUUAGGAAGGUCAUAUACCGUAUCGGACACGACCCAGUUCAUGAUCAAUAUAAAGUGGUUUGCAUAGUUUCAACACACAAUGUUCGAAGGAUGGAGCAUUGGGUCUUCACACUAGGAGGAGGUGUGUCUAGACAAUGGAGAAAGAUACCAAGUCCAUGUCCACAACAUAGUCCUUUCACACAAGGAUUGACAAUGAAUGGGCGUAUGUAUUACCUAGGUUUGGUUCCUGAUUUGCUUUCUCCUGUGUUUGUGAGAUUCGAUAUUAGUUCUGAAAAAAUCAGCGUGCUCCAAAAUGUUGAAGAUGCCUUUUGGUGUCGGUAUUAUUAUACUGAGAUUAUAGAAUACGAUGGAAAACUAGCUAUUUUAGAUUAUUCCGAUCUUGUAAAAGACGGUGUGAUGGAACUAUGGGUGAGGGAAGAUGAAGAGAAGAAUAGUUGGUCAAGGAAGACUUUGGUGUUGCAUCCUUCUCAUAUGAAUAUGGUCAAAAUGCAUAUAGUCCACAACAUGAGUUUGAGGGUACAAGGUACAACUAGAAACGGUGACGUUAUCUUGGUUCCUCAACAUAUUACUGGACCCGACGACCAGUUUAUCGUUUUACCUCAAGUUACAACUCUUUUCUACGUGUUUCUUUACAAUCUACAAAAGAAUCAUUUGAGAAAAGUUUACAUAAAAUCCAACCGCUACAACACCAAAAGAUGGGACGUUGUUGGAUUUGACGACAUUGAGAACUUCAUGUCUCUCUAAUUGCUUCUGUGGAUAUAUAUGUUUAUAUGUUUCUGCAAUCAUUUUAUUUAAUUUUGUUUGGAUGUUUUUCUCAACUAUAGUUUUUCUUAUGAAACGCAGCACAUUUUUGUGUCAUUAAUAAAGCGUUAUCGAUGUUUGAUGCUUCUAAGAACAUAUUUAUUCAUAGUUCACAACUUAGGAUAUCUCACAAAACCAAUGAAAACAAUUGUAUUUAAAUGGGAAAAUCCAUAAAUUAAAACACCCCAAUUAAAUUUCAUUUAAGUUUUUUAAUGCCCAAUUUUUUUACUAUGGAGUCUAGUAUUUUUUUUCAUUUUAAUACACCAACUUCUUUUUAAAAGAAAACACUAAGUUUAAAAAUUGUGAUUAUUUUAAUACUCAAAUCAAACCUUAUGAUUGAUCAAGUUUGAUAAUUUAAAAAUAAAAUCUAAACGAUAGUAGAAGUCCAUUCUGACUUAUUUUAUUCAGAGGAUGCAAAGCCAUAAAUCCGGUUAAUUUUUAUUGGAAAAAUUUUUUUAUGCCAAAAAAAUGUCAUUGCUCAGGAACCCCGCCAAACGACUCCCACCGUGAAGGACACCGGGAAGACGGGCGAUCAAGCACACCUUGUUGAGGGAAAGUUUCACGUCUGGCCUGCUUCCGUGAGAUGAGAUUCCCACCUGAAAGUUGAUCAAGCCAUCAUCAAACAACAAGAUGGAGUGUGCUCCAAGAAACACAUUGUAUUUUCACUAUCGUUCAAUCAUGGACAAUAAAUUAAUCAAACAAAUUUAAUACCACAUGAAAACAAAUCAGUCAAUGCGUAAGGAAGAGGAAUCUAUUUUCAUCAAUAAAUCAUGAGCAAUUAAUUACUUCAAAGUUUCAAAAACGAUUCAUAGAACUCAUACAGAUCAGAUCAUCAUCAUCAUCAUCAGAUUCCUAACUAAGCAGCUACACUAACUACACUGCACACCUCUCUCAUAUACACGAGACAUGGUUCACAUAAGUAUCUUCUCUUCUGAGAGUGGCCAAACGCUCCAAUCACCACCUGCUAUCGCUGGAUCGAGCUCAAGCUUGCUCUCGGUAACCCGCUCGGCCAAGUAGCUAUUGAUCAAAUGUAUUAUCAAGUAUCUAUUAUUUUUUUAUUAGAAGACUAUGUUUCAAACUAAAAUUAAAAUUUUAAAUGAAGAGGAAGCCAAUCUAGUUUCUUAUGUGUUUUUCUUGUGCAUUUGAUUUCUCUUGUUUGUCUCUAAAGUAUUCUUUCAUUUCGUUAACAUUAGUUUUCGCAUCUUCAUUUUAAAGAGUUAUUAUAUAAAAAAUGUUAGGCCUUCAAACUGUAAGAAAGAUAUCAAAUUUAGAAUAUUUUAUGGUUUAAAUUUUAGGACUAGCCUUGUUUUUGAUAUUAUCUUGUUACACAUCCAUAUAUCUGAAAACAAUAGUUAUUAACUAGACAAAUUCAGUUGUAAGCUAUGAAUUUUCAUAAGCCAAAAAUUCAAUUUCGUUUGGAAGUGGAAACCACGAAGAUUAAUUACAUGGAGAAGUCAAUUAGACAUAGUUGAAAUUAACUAUCCUUAAAGUGAUAAAAUAAAAAUCUUUUGCCAGUCUAUACAUCAUAUAGUCCUAACAAUCAGUUAAGAGAAAAUUAAUCCUAACAAUUAAUAUAACCGUACCAAACUCAAUAAACCUUAAAGCUUGAAUUACUUCUUAUUAUAUGAGACUUGACUUCUUCACAUUUUGGAAUACAAUUUCAUAAAUUAUUCUAGAUAGUUUUAUAAUUGAGAUACUUUUUUUUAUAUAUAUCUAACUACAUCAAUUUCAUACAAAAGACUUAAACCCAGGUCAUUUAGGUUUUUCACCAGAUAAAUAGCCAAUCAAAUGAAAAAAAAUGUUAAUGCUUUUAGAAUCCUAAUCAUGAACUCACAUAUAACAAAUGUUAAUGAUAAGUCAUAACAAUAAAAAGAAAUUUCAUAGAAAUUAAGAUCAAUCCUUAAUUUCAUGUAAUAGUCUGACUUUUGACACACUUAUUCUAUUACUCUGUACUAUCUUAUUAACAAAGAACACGUGCCCAUCAUUACUAUUUUAUGUUUCUGACAUUUGCACCUUGCAGCAGUUUCAACAACAUUCCCUUAUAAAUCCAUAAACUAUCUUCCUUUGUUUCUUCAUCUCUUCUUCCUUCUCUUUCUCUUUCGACUUUCAGCUUGUCUACAUCUUUGUUUACCGAAAAAAUCAGAGAUUUUAAGCCAUGAUAAUUGUGUAUUUCUCGCUACCAUUAGUUAUCCCUUGAUGUCGACCCAUGUAGAAGCAUCCUACACAACCAGCGAUGACUUUACGUCAUAUUCAUGUUGUUCCUAGCCAUCGCUGGUUGUGUAGGAUGUUUCUACCGUUAUUCAUCUUUAUGUAGUUGGAGGUGGAGGAGGGACAGAGGAGUCUGAGGUUUUCGACCUAAAGUCUCAGACUUGGAAUCCAUUGCCUAGCCUUAGUGAAGACAACGACUACCCUGAGGUUCAGCUUCGUAGAGGAGAGCUAUUGGCCACCACAAGUAAUCAUAAAAAGUAUGUGUUUGACCCCAAACAAGGAACAUGGAAGGAACAUCCAGGGUUUUCUUAUACUAGGAAUGGACCUUGGUGCGUUAUAGACAAUGUAAAGUUUAGUGUUUUUAAAGCAAGCUUAUGUGGUAUGAGUGUGGACACUGGUUCAGUGUUAAGGGUUUGAAAGAUGUGUGUACCAAGCCUCAUGUUAACCACCAUACAACAAUUCUGUUAGCUAACCAUGGUUGUGGAAGUAUCCUAGUUUUAUGGGACGAGCUACAUUCACUCGAGUUUCAGUGGCCGGGAAAAUGCGGAAACAUGUCUGCAAAAACAAGAGAAUUGGUGUGCGGUGAUCAAGUUGAAGAAGUGCUUCUUCGGAUUACAGUUAGAGAUUUGGGAGAGGUUGUAAGUUUGAAUGCUGUGCUUACAGUCCCCAGAUCAUUUAAGUUAUUAAGCUGUAUUACCCUUUAAUUUACUUUCAUCUUUUUGUUUACAUUGGUUUUAUAGUGAAUUUUGGAUAUUUUAUUACGUAGUAGAUAGGCCUUACGUGCCUUCUUUCAGUAUGUUCAUGGACAUAAUAUUUCCGUAGCCAAAGGCUUUCUUGAUAACCAAGCAAAUUAGGUACUUAAUAGCAUAUGGACAAGUACAGGUUACACUUGGAUAUACAAACUAGCAUAGACCUUUUUAACAUGUUGACUUUUUCUACAUUUAAAUAACUCAAACCUCUUAACUUGGAUAGACAAGGCUUUGUGAUGUUUGACGGCUAGGUUGUUCUCCUCUGUAUCUGGAAUAGGCUCCUAGACAAAUUCUUGAGCCAAAAAAAGAAAUUUCCUGGUAACAAUAAAAAGAAGAGUGAUGUUGGGGGAAAUAAUGUGAGAAGAGUUAACUUGGAGCAGGAGGUUAAAAUUGAUCAUACCUUAACUGAGGUGUCUAUUCUAUUAAAACUAAAUUACAAAAUAAUACUUAUUUUUAUUUCGUUUUUACAGAUUUUUUUAACUAAUUCUAACUACUUCAUUUGUUGUCUUUUAUAAUUAAAUUGAUAGCAUUUAUUACAAAGUAUAAAGCAUAACUUACUUAUCUUUAAGUGCGCAUUUUCCUUUUUUUUUUUUUUUUUUCCCAAAUUGUUUUUAUUAAUAGAUGGGCCAAGCCCAGGGCCGAAGCCCAAAGAUAACAGAAUUUAAACAAAACCCACGAAACGGGCCAGAAGACAUAAACAAACAAUGGGCCAAGCCCAGGAAAUACACGACGGCCACACGGCCAAACAACUAGAAACCGGGCCGUUCGCCCUAGACACUACCGCCGGAGCUCCGAACCUGCAGAGCCUCCGCACGUACACACACGUUCACCGCCGUACUGUCUUCACGCCGGAGGGUUCAUCAGAUAACCGAGAACGCCUCCGACUUUGGACCACCAGAAACGCUGGACAGUCGAACCGAGAACCGCAUAAACUUCUUCUAAAAACUUCAUCGCCGUCGCCGGAGAGCUUAAACUGAUAUCUCAUCGUCGGCGACCCACGAACCCCUCACAGAUUACAAGAACCAAACCGCCUCUACUAACCUCGAUCUAAUCUACUCCGCAAAGUCUUCACGCCAGAGAAUUUCACCGCCACAUCACGGCUUCUCCGACUUUGAACCACCUCAAACACUGGACAUGCGAAACGAGAACCACCACUUUCUCCCUUUAAACCCUCGUCACCACCACCGGAGGGCUUCAUCGACUACCGAGAAAGCCAACCGCCGUGACCCAAACUCUAACUUUAACCCUAGAAAAAACCCGAUCCAAAAUCAGAUCACAAACCGCUCCAGAAAAGUCCAAAGACCUGGACCCACUUUAGCCGACAGCGCAAGACAUAGGGAGUCUUCACCCUCCGGCGACAAACUCGGCGACGGCGAAGCUGGCAAAGCCUUCGUCUCCCGAUAACAGAACCGACGUCGACGAGGCUGACUCAGCCUCCGUCUCUCGGAGAUAAACCACAAACUGGACAAAACGGACAGCUUCCCCGCGCCAACCUCAACGUGACCGCGCCGUUACUCCAGAACGAGAACCACCGUGGGUGCUUGUUUCAGAGCUAAGGCAAGGCGGAGAGGAGAGGAGGCGAGCUAGAAACGAGAACCACGAGCUUGAUUGGUCACACAAAGGAGCUCCGGCGACGGCACGCACGCUCACGCGCCGUCCGUCGCCGGAAAAAAACUAGAUCUACUUUAUCUCUCCUUCAGUCGUGAAAGCGUUUUUUGUAUUAUCAAGAAUUAUUUUUUUCCUUUUUCCUUUUUCUAACUAUUUCAUUAAUUGUAUUAUCAAGAAUUAUUUUCCUUUUUCUAUUUCUAACUAUUUCAUUAAUUGUAUUAUCAAGAAUUAUUUUUUUGGAGACUAUGUUUUAGACUAUAAUUAAAAUUAUAAUUGAAGAGGAUUACAAUCUAGUUUCUUGAUGUGAAGAUUGUGCAUAUGAUUUAUCUUGUUUGCCUCUCAUAUUAUUCUUUCAUGUUUAUUAAACAUUCAUCUUCUCAUCUUCAUUUUAAAACUUAUCAUAUAUAAAUGUUAUGCCUUCAAAUUGUAAGGAAAAAAAUUUAAAAUUUACUUAAAAAUAUUUAUGGAUUUUAAAUUUUAAGACCGGCCAUGUUUUCGAUAUCCAAAAACAAUAGUUAUUAACAAGACCCCAAAACUCGGUAAGUUAGUUUGAAAGUGGAAACCACGAAGCUUAUAUGGAGAAGUCAAUUAGACAUGGUGGAAAAUAAACUAUAUUUAAGUAAUGCCAGCCUAUACAUAUGAAAUAAUCAUACAAUAUAGUCGUAACAAUCAGUUUCAAAAAAAAGUCCUAACAAAUAAUACAACUGUACCAAACUCAAUAAAUUUUAAAGCAAUUGACUUGUUAUAUGAGACACUUGACUUCUUCACAUUUUGGCAUAUAGUUUCAGAAACUAUUUUAAAAUUAGUUCAGAAAUUAUUCUAAAUAAUUUUAAAAUCAAGAUACUUUUUUAUAUCUAACUAUAUCAAUUUCAUACAAUAGAAUUAAACUCCAGUUAAGGUUUUUUCACUAGAUAAUAACCAACCAAAUGAACAAAUGUUAAUACUUAAAAAAAUCCUAAGAUUCUCAUGGACUCAAAUAUAACAAAUGUUAAUGAUUAAGUCAAAACAAUAAAAUGACUUUCAUAGAAUUUAGAUCAAUCUUUAAUUUCAUGUGCUCAUCUGACUUUUGAUGCACAUAUUAUGUAACUCUGUACUAUCUUAUUAACAAAGAACACUUGCCAGUCAUUACUAUUUUAUGUUUCGUCUGACAUUUGCAGUUUCCAACAGCUUCAACAACAUUCCCUUAUAAAUCCAUAAACUCACUUCCUUUGUUUAACUACAAAACCAGAGAUUUUUAAGCCAUGAUCAUUGUGUAUUUCUCGCUACCAUUGUUCAUAUUCAUGGUGUUUCUAGCCGUUGCUGGUUGUGUAGGAUGCUUCUACAUGGGUCGACAUCAAGGGAUAACUAAUGUUGGUGGACCAGCAAUGCCUACGGCUUACCCGACUGCACAACAAGCUAACCAAGGUUACAAUACCGGAGCUCAGCCUUACCCUCCAUCUUCGUAUGCUGUCUAGUCAUAUUGUGUUCCAUGGCUGUUAUAAAGUUACCCAAGACCCAAAUUGUUGUCUUUA